AUGGCAUCUGCUGACUUGAAAGAGUAACUGAACUGCUCCAUCUGCCUGGACCUUUAUAUGGAGCCCAUAUCCCUGAAAUGUGGACAUAUCUUCUGCUGGAACUGUAUUGUGACUGUGCUGGAUACACAGGAGGUGCCUGGAGAUUAUUCCUGUCCUGAGUGCAGGGAGAUGUUUACCGAGCGCCCUUCCCUGGAGAAGAACAGGAAGCUGUGUAACAUCGUGGAGCACUUCAGAUCCGCUCACCAGGAGGAAGUAGAGGUCUUGUGUACGUACUGUGACUCUCCUGUCCCAGCUUCUAAAUCGUGUCUGCACUGCGAGGCCUCGUUCUGUGAGAAGCACCUGAGCAACCACAGCAAGUCAGCGCAUCAUAUUUUAAUUGAACCCACCACAUCUUUUGGAGAUAGAAAAUGCUUCACACAUCAAGAGAUGCUGAAAUAUUACUGCACAGAGGAUAGAGCCUGUAUCUGUAUGUCCUGCUGGGUGGCUGGAGACCACAGUGGACACCAGGUGGAGCUUCUGAAGGAGGCCUCUGAGAAGACGAAAGAGGAACUGAGAGAAUUUAUAAACGAAUUGGACUCUAAGAAACAGGAGAUUCAGAGGAGAAUCCAGAAUCUGGAAAACCACAGGGCACAAGAGGAUGGAAAAACAACUGCUGUUGUCAGGAGAGCCGUUGAGCUGUUUAGAGAAGUCAAGAAACAGUUGGAUGAUAUAGAGAAAAGGGUUCUGCUGGAGAUGUGCAGACAGAAGAAGCAGAUCUCACAGUCAGUCUCUGAUCUGAUCCAGCAGCUGGAGGAACAGAAGGACGAGUUGUCCAGGAAGAUUCAUCAGAUGGAAGAACUGGGUAACAUCCAGGAUCCAUUAACUUUCUUGAAUAAGGCACCUAAAAAGGAUGACAUGAGUCCUGAGACAGGUGACACCAUCAGCGAUGUAAGGAAUGUUGGCUGUCUGGUUGAGGGAAUCAUCUCACAGAUGCUACAGAGAGGACUUUGCAACUUUAAUUACAAUCUGAAGGAUCUGAUGACAAAGAGACAAUUUUCAAUGAUGGAGAAAUCUGACGUUUUGCUGGAUAUAAAUACUGCUCAUGACAACCUCAUAAUAGCAAAGAAACGCAAGAAAGCCACUCACAUUGACAACGGUGUGAACAGGACGGAUGGUCCAAAGCGGUUUAAAUGCUGCCAGGUAUUAAGUGUAGACAGCUUCACAUUCGGGACACAUUACUGGGAGGUUGAUGUAAGAGAAGCAGAGGAAUGGCUGAUCGGGGUGGCCACUCAAAGCAUGGAGAGGAAGAUAAAAGGAAAUGAAUCUUUUAUAGGCUAUAAUGACAAGUCAUGGAGUCUGGCCCAAAGAACUGGUCUUCAAGCCAGGCACAAGAACUUUGUUAAAAAUAUAGACUCCAACUCAUCUCUAAAGACUGUCGGGAUCUAUCUGGAUUAUGAGGCUGGGCGUCUGUCCUUCUACCAGCUGUGUGACCCCAUCAGACACCUCCACACUUUCUCCGCCACUUUCACUGAACCCCUCUAUCCCGCUUUCUACAUGUUUCCAAAAAGCUCCAUCAGAAUUAUAAAUUUCUUCUACGGAAUGGCAUCUGCUGACCUGAGAGAAGAGCUGAACUGCUCCAUCUGCCUGAGCCUUUAUAAGGAGCCCAUAUCGCUGAAAUGUGGACACAACUUCUGCCGGGACUGUAUCGUGACCGUGCUGGAUACACAAGAGAUAUGUGGAAAUUUUUUCUGUCCGGAAUGCAGAGACGAGUAUACAGAGCGCCCUUCACUGGAGAAGAACAGGAAGCUGUGUAACAUCGUGGAGCACUUCAGAUCCGCUCACCAGGAGGACACAGAGGUCUUGUGUACGUAUUGUGAUUUUCCUGUACCAGCUUCUAAAACUUGUCUGCACUGCGAGGCUUCAUUCUGUGAGAAGCACUUAAAAAACCACAGCAAGGCAGGACAUCACCUUUUAUUUCAACCCACCAAAUUAUUUGAAGACAGAAAAUGCUCCACUCAUCAAGAAAUCCUAAAAUAUUACUGCACAGAGGAUAGAGCCUGUAUCUGUACUUCCUGCUGGGUGGCCGGAGACCACAGGGGACACCAGGUGGAGCUUCUGAACGAGGCCGCUGAGAAGAAAUGUAAAGAUGCCACUGGGAAGUUGAGCGCUGAGAAACAGAAGACUGAGAACACAAUCCAAGAUAUAGGAGAUCUCGGGACAUGUGAGAAAGCAAAAGCAGCUGAGAUCACAGAGAACAUUGGUAAACUGUUUAAAUACAUCAAGGAAAUGCUGGAUGAUGUAGAGAAGCGAGUCCUGACCGAGAUCUCCAGACAGGAGGAGCAGAUCUCACAGUCAGUCUCCGAUCUGAUCCGGCAGCUGGAGAGACAGAAAGACGAUCUGUCCAGGAAGAUUAAUGAAAUCCAGGACUUGCAUAAGAUCACAGAUCCAUUAACUUUUCUCAAGAAAGAACUUAUCGGUGAUUACUUAUUUCCUAAGAAUGGUGACAACAUCAGUGAUCUAAGGAAAGCCGAACGUAUGGAUGGAGUAGUGAUCACAAAAAUACUGCACACAGGGCUCCUGGACUUUACUGAUCGUUUGAUGAACCUGAAAAUAGAGAGACACCUGUCGGACCAGACGAGAUCAAACAUCUUACUGGAUAUAAAAACAGCCAGUAAUUACAUUAGGCUCUCCAAAGAUCUCAAAUCAGCUUCUUGCAACAUUAAACCCGAGACCAGACCAGAUGAUCCGGAGAGGUUCAAAGCCCGGCAGGUAAUAAGCACAUGCAAUUUCUCAAUUGGGAAACACUACUGGGAGGUGGAUGUGAGCGCAGCCAAGGAAUGGCUCAUAGGGGUGGCUGAUCACAGCAUAGAGAGGAAGACAGAGGGAGCUGAAUCUUAUAUAGGUUAUAAUGACAAAUCAUGGGGUCUGGCCCAAAGAACUGGUCUUCAAGCCAGGCACAAGAACCUUGUUAAAAAUAUAGACUCCAACUCAUCUCUAAAGACUGUCGGGAUCUAUCUGGAUUAUGAGGCUGGGCGUCUGUCCUUCUACCAGCUGUGUGACCCCAUCAGACACCUCCACACCUUCAUCACCGACUUCAAGGAGCCCCUCCAUGCUGCUUUCUAUGUGUUCCCAAAGAGCUCCAUCAGGAUUAUCAAGUCCGCCACUGGCUGCUGGUGUUCUGAUCUCCAACGACGAUAUCCAAUUCCGUCACUUCCGGCCGGUACCCUGCAGCGCCGGUCCAGCGGCGGAGGAGGCCAGACCCCAGCAGCAGGUUGCCGGUCUGAUAUCUUCAGCAGAGGGUCUCAGGAAGGCUGUGCAGCGUCUCAAGAGAGCUGUGUGGGCUCUCAGGAGGGCUAUGUAGCAUCUCAGGAGGGCUAUGCGAGGGUGCCGGGAGGGCUGUGUGGGCUCUCAGGAGGACUAUCUCUGGGAGACGAGCUGACCUGUUCCAUUUGUCUGAACCUUUAUACGGAGCCGGUGUCACUGAGAUGUGGACACAGCUUCUGCCGAGACUGUAUUGUGGCUGCUCUGGAUACACGGGAAGGGUCUGGAGUUUACUUCUGUCCGGAGUGCAGAGAGGAGUAUGUAGAGCGUCCUGUGUUGGAGAAGAACAGGAAGUUGUGUAACAUCGUGGAAAGAUUUCAGUCUACCAGCCAGGAAAAGACUGAGGCCUUGUGUACGUAUUGUGACCUCCCUGAACGGGCUGUUAAAAUGUGUCUGCAGUGCGAAUCAUCUUUUUGUGAAAGGCAUUUGCUUAAACACAGUAAAUUGGUGGACCAUGUCUUGGUGGGACCUGCUGUUACCCUGGAGGACAGACAAUGCUCCACACACAAGGAGAUCCUGAAAUAUUACUGCUCAGAAGACAGGGUUAGCGUCUGUGUGUCCUGCUGCCUGGCGGGUCAGCAUAGAGGACACCAGGUGGAGCUUCUCAAUGAGGCCUCAGAGAAGAAGAAAGAGGAGCUGAGGAAACUCACAGAGAGACUUAACACUGAUGUACAGGAGACUGAUAAAAGCAUUCACAAUCUAAGCACCUACAGAAAAGAAGAGAAAGCCAAAGCAGCAGCUGUGGCUGAGAAAGUCUCUGAACUGUUUGGAGACAUCAGGAGGCAGCUGGAGGUUCUUGAGUGGAAAGUAUUGUGUGAGGUCUUCAGACAGGAGAAGCAGGUCUCACGGGCAGUCUCUAGGCUGAUCCAACAGAUGGAGACACAGAAGAGUGAGAUAUCCAGGAAGAUUGAUCAAGUCAAAGAUCUGUGCAAUAUCGCUGAUCCCUUUACCUUCUUGGACAAAGAGGUAGAUACCGAUGGACUGAGCCCCGGGAGAUGUGAGGUCAUCAGUGAUGUGAAGGACGCUGGUAGCUUUGAUGAGACACCAACCUUACAGAUGCUUUACAAGGGGCUUCUACUCUUUGCUGAUGGCCUCACUGACCUGAAAAGUAAGAGAGAGUUCUCAGUGAUGGAGAAAUCAGACAUCUUAUUGGAUAUAAACACUGCUCAUAAUAAGAUUAUUAUAUCGGAGGAUCUCAGGUCAGCUUCUUAUACUGACAAGAGUCAGAAGAGACCAGACUGCCCAGAAAGGUUUGCAUGUCGCCAAGUGAUGAGUACGAGCAGCUUCUCAUCAGGGAAACACUACUGGGAGGUGGAUGUAAGUCAAGCCAAGAAGUGGCUGAUAGGGGUGGCCACCCGCAGCAUGGAGAGGAAACAAAUUGGCAGAGAAACCUACAUAGGGUACAAUGAGAAAUCCUGGGGCCUCUAUGAAAAUCAUUUCUUUAAAGCGUGUCACAAUAAUAUUCAUAAAAGUAAAGAUAAGAAGUCUCCAGUGCAGGCCAUCGGGAUCUAUAUGGAUUAUGAGGCCGGGAUUUUGUCCUUCUACGAACUGUGUGACCCAAUCAGACACCUCCACACCUUCACCGCCACCUUCACUGAACCCCUCCAUGCUGCUUUUUAUAUCUUUCCAGGCUCUUGCGUAAAAAUCAUCAGUUAAAGCAAAAUGUAG